AUGUGCCACUUUCAGGUCUCCUCACACUGCUGGUGGGUUCCAUUUUGUCAUAGGGUGCUGGCAGAUUACGGGCCUCCCAUUGCUGCUGCCAGGCCUGUAAUCUGCCAUGGGCCCCCGUACCGCCUCCUCAUGCUGCUGCCAGGUCCAGAGUGUCUCAUGGGUCCCUGUACGGCCUCCCAUUGCUGCUGUCUCCAUCGCCACACUCUGCCAUGUGCCACUUUCAGGUCUCCUCACACUGCUGGUGGGUUCCAUUUUGUCAUAGGGUGCUGUAUGGCCUCCCAUUGCUGCUGCCUCCACCGCCACACUGUGGCUCCACACUCUGGUUUUGGCCCCGUGACUGCCCAAAUGAGUGAAGUGUGCCGUGAUUCUAAGAUCGACGGGACUCAUCUGCAUGUCAUACUG